AUGCAGAGCGCAAGCGAGAUGCCUUCAUGGACCAUCUGAAGAGCAAGUACCCCCAGCAUGCCCUUGCCCUCCGAGGCCAGCAGGACCGACUCCGGGAACAGCAGCCCAACUACUGGAGUUUUAAGACUCGAAGCUCCCGACACUCACAGGGUGCCCAGCCAGGGCUGGCAGACCAGGCAGCUAAGUUGUCCUUCGCCUCUGCUGAGUCACUGGAGACCAUGUCGGAGGCUGAGCUGCCCCUCGGCUUCAGCAGGAUGAAUCGAUUCCGCCAGAGCCUGCCCCUCUCUCGAUCAACUAGCCAGACAAAACUCCGUUCCCCAGGGGUGCUAUUCCUGCAGUUCGGGGAAGAGACACGUCGGGUGCACAUCACCCACGAGGUCAGCAGCCUGGACACACUCCAUGCCCUCAUUGCCCACAUGUUCCCACAGAAGCUCACCAUGGGCAUGCUCAAGUCACCCAAUACGGCCAUCCUCAUCAAGGAUGAGGCUCGAAACAUCUUCUACGAGCUUGAGGAUGUCCGGGACAUACAAGACCGAAGUAUUAUCAAGAUUUACAGGAAAGAACCUCUGUAUUCUGCCUUUCCUGGCUCCCACCUCACUAAUGGGGAUCUUCGGAGAGAGAUGGUCUACGCCUCCCGGGAGUCAUCUCCUACCCGCCGCCUAAACAACCUCUCCCCGGCCCCUCACCUGUCCUCGGGUUCCCCACCUCCAGGCCUGCCCUCUGCUUCACCUUCCCGGUCCAGGCUCUCCUAUGCAGGGGGAAGUGGGGGACGCCCCCCAUCCUAUGCUGGCAGCCCCGUCCACCACUCAGAAAGGCUGGGAGGUGUGCCCCCUGCCCCGGGUGUCUCUCCUAGCCCUAGUGCCAUCUUGGAGAGGCGGGACGUGAAACCCGAUGAAGACCUGGCGGGCAAGGGAGGAGGGGUGAUGUUAGUGAAAGGGGAGGGCCUCUACGCAGACCCCUACGGGCUGCUCCAUGAGGGGCGCCUGAGCCUGGCCUCAGCUGGAGGAGACCCCUUCGCUUACCCCGGCGGAGGACUUUACAAACGGGGCUCAGUCCGAUCCCUCAGCACAUAUUCUGCCACUGCUCUACAGUCUGACCUGGAGGACUCCCUGUACAAAGCAGCCACUGGCAGCAGCGGGCCGCUCUAUGGGGAUGGCUUUGGCUUCCGUCUGCCCCCUGCUUCUCCCCAGAAACUGGUGGAUGUGGCAGCACCCCAGGGCGGCCCUCCCCCUCCCCAUAGCCCUUAUUCUGGGCCUCCUAGCCGUUCCUCUCCCGUCAGGCAGUCCUUCCGCAAGGACUCUGGCUCUUCCUCCUCUGUUUUUGCUGAGAGCCCAGGGGGCAAGCCAAGGGGUGGGGGGGGCUCUUCAUCUUCUGGGGUGCCCCCAUCAGAGCUUUUCCCAGGGCCUGGGGAGCGCCCAUUGGCAGGCUUUGGGCCUCCGGUGCCAGCCAAGGACACAGAGACCAGGGAGCGAAUGGAAGCCAUGGAGAAGCAGAUUGCAAGUUUGACAGGCCUGGUACAGAGUGCGCUUCUCCGUGGCUCAGAGGCUGAAACCCCCAGUGAGAAGAUUGAAGGUUCCAACGGAGCAGCGACGCCUUCAGCACCUUGUGGGCUGGGCGGGCGGAGCAGUAGUGCCCCUCCGGUCCCAGCGCCUCCACCCCCUUCAGCCAGCAGCACCCCAGCGGGCCCCCCAACGGCCGUCACCCGUCUACACAUGCAGCUGCACCUCCAUGACCUACAGCACAACGCCAGUGACCUCCGCAACCAACUCCAGCAGCUGCGCAAAAUGCAGCUGCAAAAUCAGGAAUCUGUUCGAACCUUGCUGAAGCGCACAGAGGCCGAGCUGAGCCUUCGGGUGUCCGAAGCUGUCCGGAAGCAGGAGGAUCCCCUGCAGCGGCAGCGUACCCUGGUGGAGGAGGAGAGGCUGCGCUAUCUGAGCGAGGAGGAGCUGGUCACCCAGCAGCUCAAUGACCUGGAGAAGUCGGUGGAGAAGAUCCAGAAGGAGGUGUCCCACAAUCAUCGGCUUGUCCCGGGUCCUGAGCUGGAGGAGAAGGCCUUGGUGCUGAAACAGCUGGGGGAGACCCUCACGGAACUCAAGUCACAAUUCCCUGGGCUGCAGAGUAAGAUGCGAGUGGUUCUCCGGGUGGAGGUAGAGGCAGUGAAGUUCCUGAAGGAGGAGCCACAGAGACUGGAUGGGCUCCUCAAGCGCUGUCGAGGGGUCACCGACACACUGGCUCAGAUCCGAAGGCAAGUGGAUGAGGGUACAUGGCCACCUCCUAACAACCUCUUGAGCCAGUCUCCAAAGAAAGUAACAGCUGAGUGUGACUUCGGCAAAAGCCUGGACUUCGAGGUGCCACCCCCCAGCCCUCCCCUGAGCCUCCAUGAGCUGGGGGGGGCAGGCGAGGGCACUGCUCAUACACCCAAGGGGGGCAAUCCCUCCAGGGGCCCUGAAACACCCAGCAAGAGAAGCGUGGACAAGGCCGUGUCUGUGGAGGCAGCUGAGAGGGACUGGGAGGAGAAGAGGGCAGCCCUGAGCCAGUACAGUGCCAAGGAUAUCAACCGGCUGCUGGAAGAGACCCAGACCGAGCUGCUGAAGGCCAUCCCGGACCUGGAUUGUGCAGGAAAGCCUCGGGGGCCAGCCCCCACCCCUGAGCACAAGCCCUCCAAAGCUCCCCAUGGCCAGAAGGCAGCCCCCCGUGGAGAGGCCAGUGGGCGGAGGGGCUCAGACGAGUUGACUGUGCCCCGAUACCGAACAGAAAAGCCUUCCAAGUCGCCCCCGCCACCCCCUCCGCGACGAAGCUUCCCCUCCUCCCACGGCCUCACCACCACCCGCACCGGAGAGGUCGUGGUCACCAGCAAGAAAGACUCAGCCUUCAUCAAGAAGGCAGAAUCAGAGGAGCUGGAGGUCCAGAAGCCCCAAGUGAAACUGCGUCGGACAGUGUCGGAGGUGGCCCGUCCAGCCUCCACGCCGCCCAUCAUGGCAUCAGCCAUCAAGGAUGAAGAUGACGAGGACCGAAUCAUUGCGGAACUGGAGGUGUUUGAAAGAAGUUCACUGCCCCUCUCCCCCACGCCCCGCUGCCAGCCGUUCCCAGCCUCGAUCUCCCCCCAGGAGUAUGGGCCCCUUGGGCCCAGCCCGGGCCCCCCACGGAAGACUGCCCCACUCCCCAGAAGCUUCUGUAUCCCCCAGAUCAUCCUAACUGAAUGCACUUCCAAUCCACCAUCACCUCCAGAGAUUAUGCCUGAAGAGGCAGGCAUGGUGAUAAUGCCCAUCCUGCUGCCCCGGGCACUAAUGAGUGCAGAUAGAAGCAGAGUCACUAACCAGUGUCAAGCACCACCGCUUGGCCAGGACGAGACAGGGGCCAAAUUGAUGGUGACGAGGCCUCUGGCAGAAGAUGAUCCUUGCCCACCUGGGAGUACCAAAAGACCAAGACAGGGAGAGGAAUCAUUGAAAAGAGUGGUCACCAAGGUCCAAGCACCAACAGAAGGGACCAUCCAACAGCUGGUGGAAGAAAAAGGAACCGGGCUGACCUGCCACAGGCAAGGGAGGCCAGACAGAAGUCGGCGUCCAGCCGUCUUUGUAAAUUCUGCUCCUGCCUCUGUGAGCCCAGAAGAAACCAUCACGCACUCUGGACAUAAUAACCACAUGCCCAUGGGAGACUGUGCAGAGAGGACUGUGCCUCAGGCCCAGAGUGAGAAAGAUCCCCUUGGUCUGGACUCAGAAGAAAGGGACGCCAGUCUUUGGCUCCCUUUCCAGAGACUUGACAGUUUGGAGGAGAUGCUCCAGGAGCUGGAGGCCACACUGAAUGCGAUGGGCAAGGCCCCUUCAGCACCCCCCAUUGGCACCCUCUCUGGGACCCUGUUCCAGCCCCGCAGUUCCCAGAGCGGCGGGGUCUCCAUCCCCCCUAUGAAGAUGGUGACACCUGGGGCAUCCAGGCUGAAGCCAGGACAGGCAAGCAGCCCAGACAAAGGCAAACACAGCAAACAGCGGUCAGAGUACAUGAGGAUCCAGGCCCAGCAGCAGGUCAGUAGACCAUCUAAAGAGGUGAGCGGGUCAAAUGAGACCUCAAGCCCAGUCUCAGAAAAACCCUCUGCUUCCAGAACCUCCAUCCCCGUAUUGACUUCCUUUGGGGCAAGGAAUUCCUCCAUCUCCUUCUAAAGCCCUAUCUUCUUCCUCCCAUUUCCUCCCCUCUUCUUCCUCCUUCUACUUUACCUCUCACCAUAUUCCCUUCAUUUCCCUACCCCCAACACACCCUUCUUCAGAAUCUCAACAGGAUUUGGUGCAGUUAUGCCCACCUUCUAGCUGCCCUACCCACCCAC